CUCUUCCUCCUUGAAAGGCCCUAAACUCCUAAAUCCUCUGCAACCAUGGAGGGCUUGGAAAUGCACGAACCGCAAUUUCCCAUGGAAGAAAGCGACGACCUUUGCAAUUCAAUCCUCUCGCGAUUCGGUAACUCCGUACAGGAAGAUCAUCAGCACCUCUGCUCAGUCAUCGGCGCCAUGUCCCAAGAACUCAAAGAACAAGGACUUCCAUUAACGGCUGUAGUUUACUUUGGCGCAACAAUUUCUUCACUUGAUCGAAUUUCCAAUGGUUCCAUAGCUUCUGAUCCUGUAAUCACAGCUCUUCUAACUUUUCUAUCGAUGAUUCUUCCAAAGGUGUCAGUCGCAGUUUUGAGAAAGAAGAGAGAUUUUGUUAUGCAACCGAUAGUUCGAGUCCUUCGUUCUGAAUCCGUGACUGUAGGAGCCGUGACGUCGGGAUUGAAGUGCGUUUCGCAUUUUCUUAUUGUCAGUGAUAAGGCUAGCUGGUUGGAGAUUUCUAAUCUUUAUUCCCUUCUUCUUAGCUUCGUUACCCAUUCUGACGAUAAGGUAAGAAGGCAAUCACAUACAUGUCUUCGUGACGUCCUACGAAGCUUUCAAGGGUCAGGGGUGCUGGCACCUGCCAGUGAAGGAAUCACAGACAUCUUUGCAAAAUUUCUCCUACUUGCUGGUGGAUCAAAUUCUAAUGCUUCAGAAAGGCCCAAAGGAGCACAAGAGGUUUUACAUAUUCUGUACGCUUUGAAAGACUGCCUACCUUUAAUGCCCAUGAAGUCCACAACAAGCGUCCUAAACAACUUCAAGUCUCUCUUGAAAGUUCGACAACCCAUUGUUUCUAGGCGAAUAACAGAUUGUUUGCUUGCACUUUGUCUCUUUCCAACUUCAGAAGUUUCUCCUAAAGAUCUGCUAGAUUUGUUGCGCUCUCUUGCAAAAUCUGUCUCUGCCGAUGAGAAGUCCGUAGAUGGCAUGACUUUCACUGCACGCUUACUAGAUGGUGGCAUACGAAAAGCUUAUGCCUUGAAUAGACAACUCUGCGUGAUUGAGCUUCCUCUUGUGUUCAAUGCGCUUGGAGAAAUUUUGGCAUGUGAGCAUGGGGAGGCUUUGUUUGCAGCCAUGGAAGCAUUUAAGAGUAUAAUAAUUGCGUGCAUUGAUGAAAGAUUGAUCAAGCAAGGGGUGGACCAGAUUGUGGUCAAUGCUGAAAUUGAUGCAAGAAGGUCACAGCCAACUAUCAUAGAAAAAAUAUGUGCCACAAUUGAGAGUUUACUUGGUUAUCAGUACAUUGCAGUUUGGGACAUGGUGUUUCAGGUUGUUUCAACAAUGUUUGAUAAACUAGGAGAAUAUUCCUCCUAUCUAUUGAGAGGAACCAUUAAGAGCCUAGUAGAUAUGCAGAAGCUACCAAAGGAAGACCUCCGUUCCAGUUCCAGGGAACAGCUUCAUGAAUGUUUAGGAUCAGCUCUUGGUGCCAUGGGGCCUGAAUCUUUCUUAAGCUUAAUUCCCCUUAAUUUGGAGGCAGAAGACCUCUCUGAGGUUAAUGAUUGGGUGAUUCCGAUUUUGAAGAAUCAUACUGUGGGCGCUCGUUUGAGCUUCUUUACAAAGUCAAUCUUGGGCAUGAAAGAACUGAUGAGGGAGAAAUCCCGGAUGCUUGAGCAAGAGGGGCGGAUUGUCUCAGCAAGAAUCGCAGAAGGACUUGCACGUAAACUGUGGUCCUUGUUGCCUGCGUUCUGCAACUAUCCUUUAGAUAAUGCUGAUAGUUUCAAGGAUCUCAAAAUAGCAUUAUGCAGUGCUCUUCAGGAUGAGCCUGAUGCACGUGAUAUCAUAUAUUCCGGCCUGCAGAGGCUCAUUGAACAGAAUAGGAGAUCGCUGGAAGAGAAUAAGGAUCAGUCUAAUGAUGAAAUAAGAAUUCCUGAACAGAGAGCUCGGGCCUAUUAUACGCCACAAGUUGCAGCAGAUAAUUUGAAUAUUCUGAGGUCUUCUGCUCGUGAGUUUUUGUUACUUUUAUCACGGAUCUUCGAGGAGUCUUUAAAUGAUAGUGGUGGACAUUUGCAGUCCACGAUCAGUGAGUUUGCUUCCAUAUCAAAUGAGGAAGUAAUCAUGAGGAAUUUCACAAGAACAAUGCAGAGGCUUUUGGCGGAGACUGAGGCUGCUAAAGCUGAACAGUCUAGAAACAGUGCUAUGCAGAUUGAUGGCGCAGGGACUGAAGGUCCACCAUCACUUGCUCGGAGGGCACGAUUAUUGGACUUAGCUGUAUCUUUUCUUCCUGGUUUGCAUGUUAAAGGGGUCGAUCUUCUAUUUGCUGCAAUAAAACCAGCAUUAAAGGUUAAAGAAGGUUUGGUCCAGAAAAAGGCAUACAAAAUUCUUUCAAUUAUUCUCAGGGAUCGUGAUGAGUUCCUUUCAACCAAACUUGAUGACUUGCUAGACCUGAUGAUUGACGCACUGCCAUCCUGUCACUUCUCAGCCAAACAUCAUAGACUUGAUUGCUUAUAUUUCUUAAUUGUCCAUGCCUCCAAGAAUGCAACAGAACAGAGGAAAAGCAACGUCAUUAGUUCUUUUCUAACUGAGAUAAUACUUGCACUGAAAGAGGCUAAUAAGAAAACAAGAAAUAAGGCUUAUGAGAUCCUUGUUGAAAUUGGUCAUGCAUGUGGCGAUGAAAAUAGAGGUGGCAGAAAGGAAUUUUUGCAACAUUUUUUUAACAUGGUUGUUGGAUGCAUGGCUGGUAAAACACCACAUACGAUCAGUGCUGCAGUGAAAGGUUUAGCUCGCCUGGCUUAUGAAUUCUCAGAUCUUGUCUCAGUAGCUUACACUUUGCUUCCAUCUUCUUUCCUUCUCCUACAGAGAAAGAACAGAGAAAUAAUCAAGGCUAAUUUAGGUCUGGUAAAGGUAUUGAUUGCAAAAUCACAAGCUGACUGUUUGCAAACACACUUGAGAAGCAUGGUUGAAGGACUGUUGAAGUGGCAAGAUGACGCUAAGAACCAUUUUAAAGCCAAGGUCAAGCAUCUCCUUGAAAUGCUUGUUAAGAAAUGUGGUCUAGAGGCUGUUAAAGCUGUGAUGCCUGAAGAACACAUGAAGCUCCUUACAAAUAUCCGGAAGAUAAAGGAAAGACAAGAGCGGAGAAGUUCGGCUAACUCUGAGGAAGAAGCUAGGUCUCGUCUUUCAAAAGCAUCCACAUCCAGGUUUAGUCAGUGGAAUCAUACAAAAAUAUUUUCUGAUUUUGGGGAUGAGGAUACCAAGGGUAGUGAUGAAGCUACAACAGUUACUGGUCGCCGCAGCAACGCCGCUCAGUCGAAACUGUCUUCAUCAAGGUCAAAGAGAACUCAUCGAGCAGCUAAAAGCCUGCCAGAAGAAUUUUCUGCCCAAUUAGGAGACGAUCCACUUGAUUUACUAGAUCAACUAAGGACAAGGUCGGCCCUCAGAUCCUCCGGACAACUUAAACGGAAGCCAGAAUCAGAUGAUGAGCCAGAGAUCGAUUCUGAAGGACGCUUGGUGGUCCGUGAGGAAGGAAAGCCAAAGAAGAAAGAGUCCCCUGCUGAUCCUGACAUGGAUGUCAGAACUCAAGCAAACAGCCAUUUAUCUGAAAAUACUUCAAAACAAACCCAGAAGAAGCGCAGAAAGACAUCAGCAACUGGGUGGGCAUACAUAGGGAACGAGUACUCUAGCAGGAAGGCUGGUGGGGAUGUGAAGAGGAAGGGAAAGCUUGAGCCAUAUGCAUACUGGCCACUUGAUCGCAAAAUGUUGAGCCGUAGACCAGAACAGCGAGCAGCUGCAAUGAAGGGUAUGGCUAGUGUGGUGAAGCUGACAAAGCAGUUGGAAGGCAAGAGUGCAUCAAAUGCACUGUCGGUGAAGGCUUUGAAGUUGAAGAGGAAUCAGAAGAAGGGCAGCAAAAAGACCAGAAAGUGAGGUCUGAGCUAUAUGCAUCAUCUGUAAUGUAGAAAGAAUAGGGUGGUACAUACCGGCGAUUUGGUUAACAUUUAUCCUGAAAUGUGAUCGACGUUGGUCUCAUUUUUGAGGGGUAUCAGUUCCAUUAUGUAUUUAUCAGCGGAUGAUUAUAGGGAAGAAACCCAAGUUUUUGAAUAUAAGAUGAAUGAGUAGUAUCAAUUUUGCUA